AAACAAUAUGGCGGGGUGAGAUAGUAAGCUGAGUGUUUUACGAAGCAUGGUUAAGAGGUCGUAUUAAACACUUAGGUCAUAUUUAAGCGAUGUCUGGUCCAUUAGGCUCGCCAAAUCAAGUGAUAACCACCUUAGAUGAAGACGGACUUCAGGAAUUGUACACUUGGAUCGAUGAAAUUAAUUUAUCUCGCCCAAAGCGUAACAUUUGGAGAGAUUUCAGUGAUGGAGUUCUUGUAGCAGAAAUUGUAGCACAUUUUCUACCCAAAAUGGUGGAACUCCAUAACUAUUCCUCCACAAGUUCACAAGCCCAAAAGCUCACCAACUGGGAUACUUUGAAUAGAAAAGUUUUUUCAAAACUUAACUACACUGUACCAAAGGGUACCAUUAAGGAGAUUGCAGAGUGCAAGCCUAGGGUGAUAGAAGUUGUACUAGCAAAUCUGAGGAUGAAGAUUGAGAAGUACAUUGCAAAGAAGAAAGCAGACACUUUAAGAAAACAGCAGCAAGUGUAUGAUGAGUUCUCACCCAAUGGGCCUGUCUCAGAUCAUGAACCAUAUCUGUAUAAUGAUGGGCAGGCAUACUUAGGUCCGGAGAAUAACUAUGGUUAUGCAUUCAAUACUAGUUAUGCACAAAGGAACCCAGUUAAUGAUGCUGGUGGUUCUUAUGGAGCACAGUCAUACCAACCUGGACUCAAUGGUAGUCCCAGGGGUGGUAAUGCUCGGCAGAAGAGUAAAGACGGUAAAGGAGGACCUCUUGGUGAGAAACCAAAGUUUGCACCUGCUCAUCAAGGAAAAGGAAAGGUUCCUCGGUCUCAAUCAUAUCAAGAUAUAAAUGGAACUAUGGAUCCUCAGAACCCUCGAUUGCUACUAGAGGAAAAAGAACAAGCUUUACUUGCCUCUCAAGAAACCAUACAGAUUUUGAAUGUCAAAAUUCGACGACUCGAGCACCUACUGCACUUAAAAGAUUUGAGAAUAGACGACUUAACAAAAAGACUACAGCAAGUUACCCAACCACCCCCAAGACAACUACCACCACAACCCAACCCACCCUUCCCCCCUGCUGUGGACCCAUCUAUACCAUCUAUGCAUAUGCAUCACCAGAAUCCACUUCCGCCAUUACAUCAUUCAUCCUAUAAUCCACAACAGCUACAGGAACAUUAGUCUUUCAUACAAGACAAUAUAAGAUGUCUGAACGGAAGCAGGAGCUGACAUGUGGUCACCGUACGUACCGUGUUAUGGCGUGGUGUUAAGAUAAUCUGUCUUAGAACAAUGGAAGAUAACACAUGAAGGGCAUAUAUCGCUGAAAACACGCAAUUAAGUAAUUAAAUUAAAGUAAUUAUACCAGACGUAAUUUUUUGGCAAUGCAGUACAUGUACACUGUGCUUGUAAGCGUAAAUUUCGACCGGGCAGAAGUAAUCGUAGUUGCGUCAGGGAUUUUACUCUACGAUUUAAUUUUGCAGUUUGAUAUUGUUCUGUACAUAUUUUAGGUAAUUGGUAUUGUUUAAUCACACCACAAAGUGUGCAAGUUACAGUUAAAUCUGGAACAUAAACGUCGAAAUCUUUUUUAGAACCCGAAAAAUGCAGUACUGUUUUUAUUGAAGAAACGUAAUGAGGCUUUUUAUGCCCCCUUGCUGCUUACUGUUCUGGGAUUCUCCUUAACCCAAUGACACUACUGACCAAAUGAAGUUCUUGAAAAUGUACGUUUACUGAACACCUAUCGACGUGUAAAUAAGAUAGAUCGUCGCGUAAUAUUUAUAUUCAAACCAGGGUAAACAAAAUAAGAUUUUGGUAGGAAGAACAAUGUUCGUGAAGAUAAGCGAGGAAAAGAGAAGUUAAAGGGGAUCAACCGACCGAUAGUUAUUUAAUCAUUGUAAAUGUAUGUAGGCAAUGGAGCGGACCUUUUCAAUUGGUGCACAAAUUCCGGAGGGUGCAUUUGGGACAGACCAUAGGUUUAAAAUUACUUGUGAGAAUCUUAAGCACUGGUUGCUCUUGUAGAGACUGAGUAAUAAACUUAUAGUUUAUCUUGUUAG